GUUCAUGAGAACGAGGAGAGGGGCACAUGAGAACGAAGAGAAGGGCCAGACAAGACAGGUCACCGUCUACGAAUCCUGCAGGAAGGGCAAGCUUGUAAGUUGUUGUACCUUGUACCCAGAGGAGGCUAGGGCGGAACACCUCUUGUGAAGCAAGCUAGAGCAGGGAUACGGGUUCUUUAAUUCACGUUUUCUUUAAUGGAUUGCUGACCCUCUGCUAAGUGAAGGGCACGGACGGAUGUGAAGAACCUGUGGAGCAGUCCCUAAAUUGCAUCAAGAGUUGCUGAUGUCAGAGUACUGAGCUGGGGGUGCUCAUCUGGUCUUAUUUGAAUAAGCGUUUUGAGACAGGCACUUCAGUCGACAGAGAUGGCGAGACAGGGGGUUGGUCUCCUGCUUCUGGUAGCUCUCGGAUGCAUUCUUGCCGAAGCUGAUGCUAGGAGCAUUGAGUUUCUCAGCGUUAGAGUGCGUACAUUGCUUUCAGCAAGCGACCACAAGUACAGAGACCAUGAGAAACCACCCUUGUUUGCCAACAAAGUGGGCCCCUUCCAUAAUCCAACAGAAACAUACAAGUACUACGAUCUUCCCUUCUGCCCUCCUGUGGUCCUGAAUGAGAAGGUGGAGGAUCUGGGCGAGGUACUGAAUGGGGACCGCAUGGUGACGGCCGCGUACGAUCUGAGCUUCAAGGUGGACAAGGAGAAGGAGACUCUCUGCGUGCAGAAGUUGUCCGUGAAGGAUGUGCGCAAGUUCCGGGACGCUGUGAAGAAUGAUUACUACUUCCAGAUGUACUACGACGACCUCCCUAUCUGGGGCUUCAUCGGCAAGAUCGACCCCCCCGACGAGAAAGAUGCGCGCUACUAUCUCUUCACGCAUGUGCACUUUGACAUCCAGUACAACAAGGACCGUGUGAUUGAGAUCAAUGUGGCGACCGACCCCCUGCGCACAGUUGACAUCACUGAGGAUGCAGAGGUGGAGGUGGAAUUCUCAUAUUCCGCCAAGUGGCAGGAGGUGGACAAAGCUUUCGAGAAGCGGAUGGACAAGUACUCGCGUUACUCGUUCCUGCCCCAGCACCUCGAGAUCCACUGGUUCUCCAUCAUCAACAGCUGCGUCACCGUGCUGCUGCUCACCGGUUUCCUGGCGACUAUCUUGAUGAGGGUGCUCAAGAACGACUUCAUCAAGUACUCCCGUGAUGAGGAGACCCUGGAGGAUCAGGAGGAGACCGGGUGGAAGUAUGUGCAUGGCGACGUGUUCCGCUUCCCCAAGAACAAGACCCUCUUUGCGGCUGUGAUCGGAAGUGGCAGCCAGCUUCUGGCACUGACGCUCUGCAUCUUUGGCUUGGCUCUGGUGGGCGUGUUCUACCCCUACAACCGGGGCGCCCUGUUCACCGCCCUUGUGGUCCUGUAUGCGCUGACCUCCGGUGUGGCCGGCUACGUCUCUGCCUCCUACUACAAGCAGCUGGAGGGGACUGCAUGGGUGCGCAACAUCAUCCUGACGGGCUGCCUCUUCUGCGGCCCGCUCUUUCUGACCUUCUGCUUCCUCAACUCGGUCGCCUGGGGCUCCAACUCGACCGCCGCGCUGCCAGCUGGCACCAUCGUCAUCAUCCUGCUCAUCUGGAUGCUGGUCACGGCGCCGCUGCUCAUCAUCGGAGGCAUUGCGGGCAAGAACAACAAGGCGGAGUUCAACGCGCCCGUGCGUACCACCAAGUACCCGCGCGAGAUCCCCCCGCUGCCGUGGUACCGCAGCACGGUGCCCCAGAUGGCGAUGGCGGGCUUCCUGCCGUUCAGCGCGAUCUACAUCGAGCUGUACUACAUCUUUGCGAGCGUGUGGGGGCACAAGGUGUACACGAUCUACAGCAUCCUCUUCAUCGUGUUCAUCAUCCUCAUCAUCGUGACCGCCUUCAUCACGAUCGCGCUCACCUACUUCCAACUAGCCGUCGAGGACCACGAGUGGUGGUGGAGGAGCGUCCUCUGCGGAGGUUCGACCGGGCUCUUCAUCUUCGGGUACUGCUUCUACUACUACUACGCGAGGUCCGACAUGAGCGGGUUCAUGCAGACGUCGUUCUUCUUCGGGUACAUGGCGUGUGUGUGCUACGGCUUCUUCCUCAUGUUGGGCACCGUCGGGUUCCGGGCGUCUCUCACCUUUGUACGCCACAUAUACCGCUCCAUCAAGUGUGAAUAAGCGACCCUGUCAGAUACGAGCAGCCGUCAGAGACGUUUUUACUUACAGCACUAUGCUGCUCGGAAUGCUGUGGGGUAACGGUUUCACACGGGGUCGGAAUCUGGUGGGAAUAGCAGUUUGCAAGGGUUGUGGAUCAGGAUAUGAUAGUGGAUUGAUUGUGCUUUCCUUUGGAGGUAAGCAGGCUGUAUGUCAGGCUGUCGUGGGACUAGAUUUGGGAUUCUUUUACUUUACAUUACCUGCUGGGGCUCAUCAAUCAUCAACGGGGUGCACAUCAAUUGACCACCGUAAACGCCGAUAUUUUCACCCCUGGCAAACUUGACCAGUGGGAUUCUUGGUGUUGAAGCAGGCGUACAUCACCCUGAAAUGACUUAUAGCAUCCGAGCUCAUUGGUGUUCUUUGCAAGGAGAGAUUCUGAUCAAGUUUGGCCUCUUUCUUGGUCCCUCGUCAGCCGAG